AUGGCCAACAGAACACUUCUGUUGUGCCUGUUAAUUUCGUGUUUGACUGUGACAUACAUAGAAUGUUGGAGAAGUAGUGGAAGCCGCAGCAGCAGUAGUAGUAGUAGAAGCAGAGGUAGUUCCUCUUUUGGCAAAAGCUGGGGGUCCUCGAGUCACAGCUCCAAACCUAGUUGGAGUUCAAGCUCAAGUUACCAUCCAAGUUCUUCAUCAUCGUCAAGUCACCACUGGGGAUCAAGCUCAGGAUCGUCAUCCCAUAGUUAUCCAUCAUCGUCUUCAGGGCAUUCGGGAAGUUCGUCAUCUUCGAGCCACUGGGGAAGUUCAGGAUCAUCAUCAUCACACGGAUAUCCUUCCUCAUCGUCAGGAUUAUCUGGAUCUGGAUCUAGUGUCCACAAGUAUCCUUCCUCGUCAUCGUCAUCAGGAUGGGGUUCCGGAUCAUCGAGCUAUCCUUCAUCGUCCUCAGGAUUAUCUGGAUCUGGAUCUAGUAUCCACAAGAAUCCUUCCUCGUCAUCGUCAGGAUGGGGUUCCGGAUCAUCGAGCUAUCCUUCAUCGUCCUCAGGAUUAUCUGGAUCUGGCUCUAGUAGCAAAUACCCUUCAUCAUCGUCAGGUUUAUCUGGGUCCGGAUCUGGUUCCUUUAAAUACCCAUCAUCAUCAUCAGGACUCUCUGGGUCAAGUUCAAGCUCAAGCAAGUACCCGUCGUCAUCUUCAGGGCUUUCUGGGUCAAGUUCGAGCUCCAGCAAAUACCCGUCAUCAUCUUCAGGACUUUCUGGAUCAGGUUCUGGCUCAAGCAAAUAUCCAUCAUCGUCUUCAGGACUUUCUGGAUCAGGUUCUGACUCAAGCAAAUAUCCAUCAUCGUCUUCAGGACUUUCUGGAUCAGGUUCUGGCUCAAGCAAAUACCCAUCAUCAUCUUCAGGACUUUCUGGAUCAGGAUCUGGGUCCAGCAAAUACCCAUCAUCGUCUUCUGGAUCUAAUUAUAAGCCAACAUCAAGUUCAGGAACCCACUACUAUCCACCAAGUUCCACGGGGAUUUCUGGUUCUGGAUCAAAUUACAAACCAACUUCAAGUUCAGGAACCCACUACUACCCACCAAGUUCCACGGGAAUAUCUGGUUCUGGAUCAAAUUACAGACCUACAUCAAGUUCUGGAACCCACUACUAUCCACCGAGUUCCAACAACAACAACUACAAACCAACUCACACAUACAACACGAACAGCCGCCCAUCUACGACAGUUCAUCAUACAACUCAUCAUCAUUACCACACCAACGUGCCUUACUCCGUACCGACGUACUACUCUACGCCGCAGUAUGUAUACAUCCAUGACUACAGACACUCCGACAGUCGGUACGGCAAUUUGCUGAUUGGUUUAUCGUUGUACAACCUCGGUCGCUCACGUAGUCACUACCAUGACCACUACUACUAUGACGACUACUACAGACGCAGGUAUGACAUGCCGAGUUCUUCAUCAUACGGCUCCUCUUCCUACGUACCACAAAACCGGCCUCAAGACGAAGCGAAUUGCAUAUUGAAAGUUAAAGAAAAUGGAAGAGAAGAAGCACUUAAAAUUCCUUGUGAAAUUGUUUCAACCUUCACUCAAGAUAGUAAAAAAGUGGCUCCAACGCAACAAACUCAAGUGAAUAAAACAGUGUGCACGACAACUACAACUAUAAUUAACAGCACAGUGACGACAGUGCCAGCAACUCCUGCGGCCACAGUGAACCCUGUGUUAUCAGUGUUACCAGUUAACGCUUCUAAAUCUAAUGCGACAGUGACGGCCAACCAAACUGUAUCAACGAAUGUUUCUUUAGUGAAUGCUUUCCCAUCUCUAGCGGCUACUAUACCACCACCGCUUUCUACCAUAGCAAACAUGACAUUAGCACCAAACGGUACUCUGAUAAUGGUACCGGUAAGUACUCCUGCGCCAGUUGUUCCUAAAGUCGAUGUGAAGACAAAUUUAGGAACUUUGGCCCCUAAUGGCACCAUCAUACCCACAGUGGCAGUUAACAGUACUGUUCCAAAGAACACCUCAGCAGUAAACACGACAGUGACGACAGAGACUUCCACAGUGAACGGUUCGUCAUCUUACAUCACCAAGACGGUGACAACUAACGCGACUAUGGUGAAUGUGACAGUGUGUACUACUAAUUCAACCCUCGUAGAUCCUUUGAGUGUUAAAGGGCCCCCAGUGAACCCUGAUAAAAUGGAGUGUGCGGUUGAGAUUCAAACAAGAGACGCUUUCUUACGUAAUACUAUCGAUUGUAAAACUUUAAUGGCUUACUCCAAAAUGCCGGAGCCUAAGAAGGACAUUGGUAUAUUGCCACAAAGGGAAAAACUAAAGUCAUGGCUAAAGAGCCCGCCUUGGUGGAUGUCCUUGUUUAUUGCUGUGUAA